AAUGUUCGUGGAGAUAAGAAAGGAGGAAGAGUAAAUAAAGGAUCCAAUAGAUCGCCUAAAGUAGAUCGUUAGGAUACUACAGGAUACAAAAAGCAUCCUCAUGGAAACAAUUCACAUAAAAACUAUACCCAUAAAUACAUCAGAAAAUCUUAACAAGGAGAUGAAUAACUUCUUAAUGAUGACUAAAAGCCAAGAAAUAACAAUAGAUAAUAUUAAAACAUAUACGAAAGAGUUAGUAUUUAUAAUUGGGAUAGAAAUUAGAUUACUUUGGAAACUCCUAUUCCUGAAAGACCCAAAGAAAAAGAAAUUUUAAAAGAACCUAGAAGAGAAGAUUUAAACAAAUUAAUAGAUGAUAUCGAAAAUUAAAUUGAUAAUGCUAUUAAUAAAAAAAAUAAAAAACUUAAGAAAUUUUAAGCUUAAAUAAGAACUAAAAACAAGAAUUAAAUGACUAACAAACCCCUAUAUAAUAACUUUUAAAAGAAUAACUUAAUAUUCUCAAAUCUAAAAAGGAAGAAUUCGAGAAACACAAAAAAAACAUUAAGACAUUGCUGA